AUGGGCGACAUCAUGCAACGAUCAGAUCUCAAANAGUUGGUCCCCCAACCCAAACCCUACAAGAAGGGCCCCUACACGGUUGAGGCCAAGGGCUACGAGAAGAAGGACGGCGAGACAAUCCCUCGCGUACACCCGGCAGCAAAGGACGGUCUCAUCAGCACCCCAGCUCCCGAUGUCAAGACCAUCUACGACAUCCUUCGCAGCAGCUCCAAGAAAUUCGGAAACGCAAAGGCCCUUGGUUACCGCAAGCUGAUCAAGGUUCACGAUGAGGUCAAGCAGAUCAAGAAGGUCGUUGAUGGCAAGGAGACUACUGUCGACAAGAAGUGGCAAUACUCUGAGCUCAGUGGCUACACAUACAUCAGCUUCGUCGAGUACGAACAGCUGUGCUUGAAGGUUGCCUCUGGUUACCGUGCUCUUGGCAUGAACAAGGGCGACCGCGUCCACAUCUUUGCUUCUACCAGUCCUUGGUGGCUUGCUUCUGCUUAUGGUAAGCACACACCUAUACACUCUAGUAAUUCGCUUUCUAACAUGGCUUUCAAGNCUGCCACUACUCAGUCCAUGCCCAUCGUCACUGCCUACGACACACUUGGUGAGGAGGGUCUCAUGCACUCCCUCAAGCAAACACACGCCAAGCUCAUCUUCCUCGACCCCCAUCUCCUCACAAAGCUCAUCAACCCCCNNCUCAAAGAGGCCAAGGAUAUCCAAUAUGUCGUCUACAACAGCCACAUGGAAGUCAAGGAGGAGGACAUCAAGAAGCUCAAGGACGCCCACCCUCACCUGACCAUCCUCAGCUUCGAUGAGCUCACAAAGAAGGGUGAAGAGAACAUGGUUGAGCCUGUUCCUCCCCAGCCCGAAGACCUUUGUUGUAUCAUGUACACCUCUGGUUCCACCGGAACCCCUAAGGGUGUGCUCCUCAAGCACAAGAACGUCAUUGCUGCUAGUGAGUAUAUCUCCUAUUCCCUCGCAAACUUAGCUGACCCAUCGNCAGUUGCCGGUGUUGACGUGAUCGUCGGUCCUUACCUCGGCCCUGGUGACGGUCUUCUCACCUACCUUCCUCUCGCUCACAUUCUCGAAUUCGUCUUCGAAAGCGCCUGUCUUUACUGGGGUGGUACCAUGGGUUACGGAAACCCUAGAACCAUCUCCGACGCCUCCGUCCGCAACUGUGCCGGUGACAUCCGCGAGUUCAAGCCUUCGAUCCUGGUUGGUGUUCCUGCAGUAUGGGAAACUGUCAAGAAGGGUAUUGUGUCAAAGGUCGACAAGACUGGAGGUAUCGCCAAGCAGCUCUUCUGGGCUGGUAUGGCCGCGAAGAGCACCAUGAUGAACCACUCUGGUCUGCCUUUCACCGGCAUCGGCACCAGUGUUAUGGACUCUGUCGUCUUCAGCAAGAUCAAGGAGGCUACUGGUGGCAGACUGAGAAUUUGCUUGAACGGUGGUGGUCCCGUUGCAAAGGAUACACAACGCUUCAUUUCCAUGGCCAUUGCUCCCAUGAUCAGUGGUUAUGGUUUGACUGAGACUGCUGCUAUGGGUGCUUUGAUGGACCCUCUUGCCUGGACCGAUGAUGCACUUGGCGGUCUGCCCGCCUCUAUCGAGGUCAAGCUUGUUGAUUUCCCCGAUGCUGGCUACUACUCGACCAACAACCCUCCUCAGGGUGAGAUUUGGAUCCGCGGUGAUUCGGUCACUGACGGUUACCUCGAUCUCGAGAAGGAGAACCAGGAGUCGUUCGAGGACGGCUGGUUCAAGUCCGGUGAUAUUGGUGAAUUUGACAAGAACGGUAACCUCAAGAUCAUCGAUCGCAAGAAGAACUUGGUCAAGACCCAGAACGGCGAAUACAUCGCUCUUGAGAAGCUUGAGUCGGUGUACCGUGCCAGUCAUGUUGUUGGCAACAUCUGUGUGUACGCAGACCAGAACAAGAGCAAGCCCAUCGCCAUCAUUGUCCCCGCCGAGCCUGCUCUCAAGUCUAUGGCUUCCGAGAAUGGCUGCAACUCGGGAGAUCUCGAGGAGAUGUGCCAUGACAAGAAGCUCAACGCAGCUGUCUUGAAGGAGUUGCAAGCUGCUGGCAAGAAGGGCGGUCUAUCAGGCAUCGAGAUCAUCGAGGGUGUUGUCCUUGCUCCCGAUGAGUGGACUCCUCAGAACCAGCUUGUCACCUCAGCACAAAAGCUCAACCGCAAGAACAUUCUUGAAAAGUACAAGAAGGAGGUUGACGAAGCCUACGGCUCAUGA